AUAGCUAUUAAAAUGAGAUAGAUUUGUUGGCUUAUUAGAAAGUGAAGAGAUCUUGUAUUAAUAGAUAUUAAUGACUCAGCGUUCAGAGAAAGUUUCCACAACUUGGCAACACAAAAAUUGUCCAUAUUAAUGGCUCAUAACUGAUCAAGCAUUAUCAAAACUUAUAACCCCUUUAUAAUUAAAAUAAAGUAUUUAAAAACAUGAGGAAUUAUCUUUAGUUGUUUAGCUGGCUAAGGCUGAAACCCUUUUACUCAAGCAUCAAAUUUGUAAUCCUGGAUAAAUUUCAGAACCAUGGCCAGCUCUAGAUCAGAACCAAGGUCAGCUCUACGACCAGAUCAGAACCAGAGACUGUAGACAGUCUAUGGUCAGAACUGUGGCGCUGGGAGAGGAGGAUCAUUGGGACGAGACCUAAUAGGUCUUAUGCAUUGCUGCACAUUAUUGUUACAUGUCAGCAGCUUACUUCUUUCAUGUUUUUUUGAGACAGACGUGCUGCGAUACCCCACAGAACCCGUUAAAACUCGAUUCACCUUCUCUGUUAUUUCAUAAGUUUUCAUUCUGUGUAUGUGUAUUGAAAUCCUUGAGCUCCUAAACCUCUUCACAUGCGCUGCCUGUGCGACAUAGCUAUUUCAAAAUAAGAUAUGAUUGAACGUGUGUUGAAAACGAAUCAAUUGAAAACUGCUUCAAAACAUUCCGACUGAAUUAUAGUACACUUUCACAUUUACUUAUUCUUUUAUCCAGCAGGCCCAUGCUUGCAUCGUUUUUCAUUGUGACACUUUUACGGUGAGGGUAAAACCUUAUUUCCUGUCUCUCUGUCGCUCACUUGACGCAGUUUGGACUCCGCACGGUUGCGCAUCCCUGGACUGAGCUGUCAGGAAAACUCAAAGGAGCAGGAGGCACGCUGAUAUAUUUUGGACAACUGCUUUGAAGUGAACACAGUUAAGCAAAGAGCAUUUACGUCUGAAGAGCCAGGGGCGACGAGAGGCUCAAUCCAUGUCCGGGGCGCGCGCGGUUACAAGAACUACGAGAAGCAGCCUGAAGCUGCGAUUGUUCUAGGAAGAGACUUGUUUCGAUGCAAAAUUGAUGCCGUUUGAGUAGUUUAUAAAACUGGAAAGUGCUGAUUUUACAGCGGUGUUGCAUUAGCCUUUGGAAGACCCUCUUGCUACUUCGGACCGGGUGUGUGUGGAGACUCACGUAGGCAUAAGGGAACCGUUGCAGGAGGUGCUGCUGAUGCACAAGUCAGGAAGGCUCGAGUGAAUUUGUGGUGGCCUCAAAUGAUUUCUACUGAAUAACUGCUUUGCAAGAUCGCCCCCAAGACUGAAGUCCUGACAACCUGCAUCUUCCUCUGUGUUGCCAUCACCAUUGUGCAAGGACUAUGCUGAUGAAGGAGUACCGCAUCUGCAUGCCUCUCACGGUGGAGGAGUACCGGAUUGGCCAGCUGUAUAUGAUCAGUAAACACAGUCAUGAACAGAGUGAACGUGGGGAGGGGGUGGAGGUGGUCCAGAAUGAGCCGUACGAGGACCCUGAGCACGGAUCAGGCCAGUUCACCGAGAAACGAAUCUACCUUAACAACAAGCUGCCCAGUUGGGCCAGAGCAGUGGUCCCUAAAAUUUUCUAUGUCACAGAGAAGGCUUGGAACUAUUACCCGUACACUAUCACAGAGUACACAUGCUCCUUCCUGCCCAAGUUUUCCAUCCACAUAGAAUCCAAAUACGAGGACAACAAAGGCAGCAAUGAUAAUAUCUUUGGCAGCGAGUCCAGAGACGAGGAAACGGAGGUGUGGUUCGUGGACAUCGCCUAUGAUGAGAUCCCCGAACGGCAUUACAAGGAGUCAGAGGACCUGCGGUAUUUUAAGUCAAAGAAGACUAACCGAGGCGUCCUGCAGGAAGGAUGGAUCAACAACCAAGACCCCAUCAUGUGCUCCUACAAACUUGUCACAGUCAAGUUUGAAGUCUGGGGCCUGCAAACGCGUGUGGAGCAGUUUGUACACAAGGUGAUUCGUGAUGUCCUGCUUUUAGGACACCGGCAGGCCUUUGCCUGGGUGGACGAGUGGAUUGACAUGACCAUGGAGGAAGUCAGGGAGUAUGAACGUGCCACACAAGAAGCCACUAACCUGAAGAUUGGUAGCUUCCCUCCUGCCAUCACCAUCUCAGAGACCCCCCUGCCAUCCAGCACCCGCAGUGGCCCUAACAGUGCCCCGUCCACUCCCCUCUCCACAGAAGCCCCUGAGUUCCUGUCAGUGCCAAAGGACCGCCCCAGGAAGAAGUCAGCUCCGGAGACCUUGACCCUGCCGGAUCCGGGCCGUAGGGAUUCAAUCUUCAAACUGCCCAGCUUUUUCUCCUGGAACUCCAGUCCGCAGCCAGAAUGAGAGCAGGGCUGUGCCACUGGUGAACGCCCUCGACCUGUGGAUCAGCGGAGGAUGCCUGCCCAGCACAUCCCACAAUGCCCCCUCAGCCAGCUGAAGUGAAGGAGACUUCUCACUGUCCUGGUGAUCCCAGCCCCCCUCAGCAGACUCGCCGGUGUUACAGCAAAGCCAACAGCUCUCAGACUGCUUUCACAGGUACAGACAGGCAGCCUGAUCUCCACAGCAAACAGUAC